AUGUGUGUUUCCCUUAGAUCUCUUCAAAUACAGGCUGAGUCUGAAGGUGAAAAAAAAAUUGCAGAAAUUUUAAAACAGAAUUUCAGUGCUUCACAAAUUGCUGUCAAGGACAUCUCAGGAGGGUGUGGUGCCAUGUAUGAAAUAUUUGUUGAAUCUGAAGACUUCAGAGGAAAGAGACAAGUACAACAGCAUCGCCUCGUCAAUAAAGCCCUUGGAGAUGAAGUCAAAAGUAUGCAUGGAUUGAGGAUUUUCACAGCAAUUCCUGAGGAAAAAUAGUGCUAACUUGGCAAAAUUAAAUUGGGACAAAGUACAAAGAGAUCUACAUCAAGUCAAUUUUGAAAUGGUGAUAUCUCAUCAACACUCUGCAACAGAUCCUACACUGAAGGCAGCUGUGAAUAUUUCUUCUAUUUUUCUGUUUUUUUUUUGUAUGUUUGUUUGUUUUUUCUUUAACUUUCAUAUAUUUUCUUUUAACCUAAAAACAAUAUUUCAUCACUAAGCUCACUUUUGAAGCUGGAAAGACUCCAACAUUAAACCUCAUUUCUCAACUGUUGUACCCUCCAUAUAGCUUCAAAUGUUCUUUUUGCUGGUAACAAACCUAGGACAUGAGCAUGAGAGGCUAACAAACGCUUGACAUAAAAAAGAAUAUCAGACCAUUAGUGGAAGCCCAAAAAAUCUAAAGCAAUCAUUCACAACCUUCAUUUACCAGGGUGGAAAUGUUGAAACUGCAAUUUGCUCUGUAAGGAGCAGACAAAUGCUAAUCAGCAAUUUGAAACUGCAGUUUGCUCUGUAAGGAGCAGACAAAUGCUAAUCUGUUGACUAAACAGUGUAUCUUUGGCUUUGUCAUCUUGAAUAAAGAAAAUAAUUGGAAAGUGG